CCUCGGAGCGCACGUUCCGCGCCUUCUCCUGCCGGCUCCCUGGACAUUAUGCGGCCGAGCAGCCGAGCCCCAGUCCUCCUCCUCCUCCGGCUCCUCCUGCGGCCCGAGCGGCUCAGCUCUCGGCAGGCGGCGGCGUUGCUCAGCCGAGCGCAGACGGGACCCUCGCGGCGAGACCUCAGCGACUCCUAAAGUCAAAAGUUGGCGGCGGGCGCCGGGCUCCGCGCGCUCACCGCGGCCACUGCCUCGCGUCGCCGCCGCAGCCAAGCAGGGCAGGAGGGAGGGAGGGGGUGGGAGCCACGGGGGAGGGGUGGGGAGCACCAUGCAGUUUGUAUCCUGGGCCACACUGCUAACGUUCCUGGUGCGGGACCUGGCCGAAAUGGGGAGCCCAGACGCCGCGGCGGCCGUGCGCAAGAACAGGCUGCACCCGAGGCAAGUGAAAUUAUUAGAGACCCUGAGCGAAUACGAAAUCGCGUCUCCCAUCCGAGUGAACGCUCUCGGAGAACCCUUUUCCACGAACGUGCACUUCAAAAGAAGGCGACGGAGCAUUAACGCUGCCUCUGACCCCUGGCCUGCCUUCGCUUCCUCUACCUCUUCGCAGGAGCAUUACCGCCUCUCUGCCUUCGGCCAGCAAUUUCUAUUUAAUCUCACUGCCCAUGCCGGAUUUAUCGCUCCAAGGUUCACUGUCACCCUCCUCGGGACGCCCGGGGAGAAUGAGACAAAAUUUUAUUCCGAGGAGGAAGCAGAACUCAAGCAUUGCUUCUACAAAGGCCAUGUCAAUACCAAGUCGGAGCACACGGCGGUCAUCAGUCUCUGCUCAGGAAUGCUGGGCACAUUCCGGUCCCAAGAUGGGGAUUAUUUUAUUGAACCACUUCUGUCCAUUGACGAGCAAGAGGAUGCAGAGGAACAGAACAAACCGCACAUCGUCUAUCGGCACAGCCCCCUGCACAGAGGGCCCUCAACCGGAAGGCGUGCAUGUGACACCUCAGAGCACAAAAAUAGUCACAGCAAAGACAAGAGGAAAAUGAGAACGAGAAGAUGGGGAGAGAGGCGUAGCCUGGCUGAUGACGUGGCGGUAUUAAAAAGCAGCUUAGCAACAAAGGCGCUUUCUGCCUAUGGCAACAAGACGGACAGCGCCAGGGAUAAGAGGACCCACAGAAGAACGAAACGUUUUUUAUCCUAUCCACGGUUUGUAGAAGUGAUGGUGGUGGCGGACUACAAAAUGGUUGUAUACCACGGAACAAACCUUCAACAUUAUAUUUUAACUCUAAUGUCAAUUGUAGCCUCUAUCUAUAAAGACCCAAGUAUUGGAAAUUUAAUUAAUAUUGUUAUUGUGAACUUAGUUGUGAUUCAUAAUGAACAGGAAGGACCUUCCAUUUCUUUUAAUGCCCAGACAACUUUAAAAAAUUUUUGCCAGUGGCAACACUCGAAGAACUCUCCAGGUGGAAUCCAGCAUGAUACUGCUGUUCUUGUAACGAGACAGGAUAUCUGCAGAGCUCAUGACAAAUGUGACACCUUAGGUCUUGCUGAGCUGGGUACCAUCUGUGAUCCCUACAGAAGCUGUUCUAUUAGUGAAGACAGCGGAUUGAGUACGGCUUUCACAAUAGCCCAUGAGCUGGGCCAUGUGUUUAACAUGCCUCAUGAUGACAACAACAAGUGCAAGGAAGAAGGAGUCAAGAGUCCCCAGCAUGUCAUGGCUCCGACGUUGAACUUCUACACCAACCCCUGGAUGUGGUCAAAAUGUAGUCGAAAAUAUAUCACUGAGUUUUUAGACACUGGUUACGGCGAGUGCUUGCUGAAUGAACCUGAAUCCAGACCCUACCCUUUGCCUCCCCAACUGCCAGGCCUCCUCUACAACGUGAAUAAACAAUGUGAACUGAUUUUUGGACCAGGUUCUCAGGUGUGCCCAUAUAUGAUGCAGUGUAGACGACUCUGGUGCAAUAAUGUGGAUGGAGUAUGCCGGACUCAGCACACGCCCUGGGCAGAUGGGACCGAGUGUGAGCCUGGAAAGCACUGCAAGUUUGGAUUUUGUGUCCCCAAAGAAAUGGAGGCCCCCGUGACUGAUGGAUCCUGGGGAAGUUGGAGUCACUUUGGAACCUGCUCAAGAACGUGUGGAGGGGGCAUCAAAACUGCUGUUCGCGAGUGUAACAGACCGGAGCCGAGAAAUGGUGGGAAGUACUGUGUAGGGCGUAGAAUGAAGUUCAAAUCCUGCAACACAGAGCCGUGUCUCAAGCAGAAGCGAGAUUUCCGAGACGAACAGUGUGCUCACUUUGACGGCAAACAUUUCAACAUCAAUGGUCUGCUUCCCAAUGUGCGCUGGGUCCCCAAGUACAGUGGCAUUCUGAUGAAGGACCGUUGCAAGUUGUUCUGCAGGGUGGCCGGUAACACGGCCUACUAUCAACUGCGAGACAGGGUAGUCGAUGGGACUCCGUGCGGCCAGGACACCAGCGAUAUCUGUGUCCAAGGCCUCUGCCGGCAAGCUGGAUGUGAUCACAUUUUAAAUUCCAAAGCCCGGAGAGAUAAAUGUGGAGUUUGUGGUGGCGAUAAUUCUUCGUGCAAAACAGUGGCAGGAACAUUUAAUACAGUACAUUAUGGUUACAAUACUGUGGUCCGAAUCCCAGCAGGUGCUACCAAUAUCGACGUGAGGCAGCACAGUUUCUCAGGGAAAUCAGAGGAUGAUAACUACUUGGCUUUAUCAAGCAGUAAAGGUGAAUUCUUGCUAAAUGGAGACUUCGUUGUCACAAUGUCCAAAAGGGAAAUCCGCGUUGGGAACGCUGUGAUAGAGUAUAGUGGGUCUGACAAUGUAGUAGAAAGGAUUAACUCCACAGACCGCAUUGAACAAGAACUUUUGCUUCAGGUGUUGUCGGUGGGAAAGUUAUACAACCCCGAUGUGCGCUAUUCUUUCAAUAUUCCAAUUGAAGACAAACCCCAGCAGUUUUACUGGAAUAGUCAUGGGCCCUGGCAAGCAUGCAGCAAACCCUGCCAAGGGGAGCGGAAGCGAAAACCUGUUUGCACCCGGGAAUCGGAUCAGCUUACGGUGUCUGAUCAAAGAUGUGACCGGCUGCCCCAGCCAGCGCCCAUUACCGAACCUUGCAGCACAGACUGCGACCUGAGGUGGCACGUUACCAGCAGGAGUGAAUGUAGUGCCCAGUGUGGCUUGGGUUACCGCACAUUAGACAUCUACUGUGCCAAAUAUAGCAGGCUAGAUGGGAAGACCGAGAAGGUUGAUGACAGUUUUUGCAGUGGUCACCCCAAACCAAGCAACCGGGAAAAAUGCUCAGGAGAAUGUAACACAGGUGGCUGGCGCUAUUCUGCAUGGACUGAAUGUUCGAAAAGCUGUGAUGGUGGAAGCCAGAGGAGAAGGGCUAUUUGUGUCAACACUCGCAAUGAUGUCCUGGAUGACAGCAAAUGCACACAUCAAGAGAAAGUCACCGUUCAGAGAUGCAAUGAGUUCCCUUGUCCACAGUGGAAAACAGCAGACUGGUCAGAGUGCCUGGUCACCUGCGGAAAAGGGCAUAAGCAUCGCCAGGUCUGGUGUCAGUUUGGUGAAGAUCGAUUAAAUGAUAGAAUCUGUGACCCUGCGAGCAAGCCAGCCUCCAUGCAGACUUGUCAGCAGCCAGAAUGUGCGUCCUGGCAGGCGGGUCCCUGGGGACAGUGCAGUGUCACUUGUGGACAAGGAUACCAGCUAAGAGCAGUGAAAUGCAUCAUUGGGACUUAUAUGUCCGUGGUAGAUGACAAUGACUGCAAUGCAGCAACUAGACCAACUGAUACCCAGGACUGCGAUUUACCAUCUUGUCACCCCCCCGCAGCUGUCCCGGAAGCAAGGAGAAGCACACACAGUGCGCCAAGAACCCAGUGGCGAUUCGGGUCUUGGACACCAUGCUCAGCCACCUGUGGAAAAGGUACUCGGAUGAGAUAUGUCAGCUGCCGGGAUGAGGGCGGCUCUGUGGCUGACGAGAGCGCCUGUGUCACCCUGCCCAGACCAGUGGCAAAGGAAGAAUGUUCUGUGACCCCCUGUGGGCAGUGGAAGGCUUUGGACUGGAGCCCCUGCUCCGUGACGUGUGGGCAAGGCAGGGCCACCCGGCAAGUGGUAUGUGUCAACUACAAUGACCACGUGAUUGAUCAGAGUGAGUGUGACCCAGAUUACAUCCCAGAAACCGACCAGGACUGUUCCAUGUCACCGUGCCCUCAGCGGACCCCAGAGAGUGGUCUCGCUCAGCACCCCUUCCAAAGUGAGGAUUACCGCCCCCGGAGCGCCGGCCCCAGCCGCACCCAUGUGCUUGGUGGAAACCAGUGGAGGACUGGCCCCUGGGGAGCAUGUUCCAGUACCUGUGCUGGUGGGUCCCAGCGGCGUGUGGUUGUGUGUCAGGAUGAAAAUGGAUACACCGCAAAUGACUGCGUGGAGAGAAUAAAACCCGAUGAGCAAAGAGCCUGUGAAUCUGGCCCUUGUCCUCAAUGGGCUUACGGCAACUGGGGAGAGUGCACUAAGCUAUGUGGUGGAGGCUUGCGGACAAGACUGGUGGUCUGUCAGCGGCCCAGCGGUGAACGGUUUCCAGAUUUGAGCUGUGAAAUCCUCGAUAAGCCUCCCGAUCGUGAGCAGUGUAACAUACAUGCUUGUCCUCAAGACGCUGCAUGGAAUACUGGCCCUUGGAGUUCGUGUUCUGUCUCUUGUGGUCGAGGGCAUAAACAACGAAAUGUUUACUGCAUGGCAAAGGAUGGAAGCCAUUUAGAAAGUGAUUACUGUAAACACCUUGCUAAGCCAAAUGGGCACAGAAAGUGCAGAGGAGGAAGAUGCCCCAAAUGGAAGGCUGGCGCCUGGAGUCAGUGCUCUGUGUCCUGCGGCCAAGGCACACGGCGGCGAAGUGUGGGCUGUCAGAUGGGAGCACACAGAAUAGCCAGAGAGUCCGAGUGCAACCCGUACACCAGACCGGAGUCGGAGCGUGUCUGCCAAGCCCCGCCGUGUCCUCUCUAUGUGUGGAGGGCCGAGGAAUGGGAAGAAUGCACCAAGACCUGCGGCGAAGGCUCCAGGUACCGCAAGGUGGUGUGCGUGGACGUGGACAAAGGCAGCGAGGUUCAUGGCGUACGCUGCGACAUGAGCAAGCGGCCUGUGGACCGCGAGAGCUGUAGUUUGCAGCCCUGCGAGUAUGUCUGGAUCACAGGAGAAUGGUCAGAGUGCUCAGUGACCUGUGGAAAGGGCUACAAACAAAGGCUCGUCUCCUGUAGCGAGAUUUACACCGGCAAGGAGAAUUCUGAGUACAGUUACCAAACAACCAUCAACUGCCCGGGCACUCAGCCAGCCAGCGUCCACCCCUGCCACCUGAGGGGGUGCCCUGUCUCGGCCACCUGGAGAGUCGGCAACUGGGGGAGCUGCUCGGUGUCCUGUGGUGUGGGAGUGACACACAGAUCUGUGCAAUGUUUAACCAGCGAGGACCAGCCCAGCCACUUGUGCCCUGCUGCUUUAAAGCCGGAAGAGAGGAAAACAUGUCACAAUAUCUAUCACUGUGAGUUACCCCAAAACUGCAAGGAGGUAAAGAGACUGAAAAGUACCAGUGAAGAUGGUGAAUAUUUCCUGCUCAUCAAAGGAAAGCUCCUGAAGAUCUUCUGUGCAGGGAUGCAGUCGGACCACCCCAAAGAAUACAUUACACUGGUCCAUGGCGACUCAGAGAAUUUCUCCGAGGUGUACGGACACAGGUUGCACAACCCAACCGAGUGUCCCUACAAUGGGAGCCGACGGGAUGACUGCCAGUGUCGGAAGGACUACACGGCAGCUGGGUUUUCCAGCUUCCAGAAAAUCAGGAUAGACUUGACGACAAUGCAGGUCAUCACCACUGACUUACAGUUUGCCAGGACGAGCGAAGGGCACCCCGUCCCUUUUGCCACAGCCGGGGACUGCUACAGUGCUGCCAAGUGCCCACAGGGUCGUUUUAGCAUCAACCUUUACGGAACCGGCCUCUCUUUAACUGAAUCAGCCAGAUGGAUAUCACAAGGGAAUUACGCUGUCUCCGACAUUAAGAAGUCCCCGGACGGUACCCGAGUCAUAGGAAAAUGCGGUGGUUACUGUGGAAAAUGUACUCCGUCCUCUGGCACUGGCCUGGAGGUUCGAAUUUUAUAGUCAAGGUGCUCUGAAGAGGAAACCAUUAUGGGAUGGAUGAAGG